UUUUUAUUUUUCCAAAUGUUGGCAAUAAUUACUUUAUGUAUUUGUGUUUUUGAUACCGCACCACUACGUUGUACGUUCUCUGAUCCAUUCAUGAUCUAAAAUCUUGAAUACGUUCUUAUUGAUCAUAUCACGCAGGUCAGCAAAUGUUUUCUCAACUGACGUAGUUACGUGUUCGAUAACAAGAUGUGCGAUUAUAGCGGCAUUUAUCCGAAUUCGUCGCAGUAAUAUCAAGUCGGUUGCCCAAAUGCUGUUACGUUCCCAUUCUGCCCGAUCUAGUGAGUCUGUAAUUCCACUGAUUGAAUUUCUGACUACUUUGAGUGCCUCCUUUGAACACAAACACGUCGCAGUGUCAAACCUACUACUGAGGUGUGGCUGUUCUUUCAGAAAAUGAAGAUAUUUGCCAAAUAAUUAAGUUCAUCUCCUAGUUUGUUGAAUUUUUUGGUGGUCUUCUCAAAAUCACUGUAUUAUUAAACAUCGUGCAUUUUUUUUCAAAUAAUAGUGGCAAGCACCGGGCACGGCACGUACCGGGUAAACAUUACCACGUGAUCGGAGCAUGGUAGUAGAAAGUGGGGGACAUUGCAGUAAGAAGAAUGCGACAUUCGAAUUUCGUCUUUGUGUCAAUGUAAAAUAUAACGAAGAGUUGAAAUGUAGCCAGUUGCAGCAUUCUUUAGGCUAUUCAAAUUUUUGUGCGACGAUCUAGUCUCGUAGACGGAAUUAUUGCAAGAAAAGGGACAUUUCCAUAAGUUGUUAUAUUUACAACCCAAAGACCUGCUGAUCUGCAACUUAGCUUUUUUAUGGCCACUCUGUAUUUCGGCAUUUGAAUAAACAUGAAAGUGUAAACAGAUGCGUAGAAUUGCAGUGUAGGAAAAAUAUAAUCUCUAUUUUUGUGAAAUUUACUGUGAAUACGUGUGAUAUGACUCAAAGUCAAAGGGAUACAAUCAUACAUUUGAUUGCUGGAGGUGUGGCUGGUACAACUGGAGCUAUUAUCACAUGUCCAUUAGAAGUAGUAAAGACACGUUUGCAGUCUUCUAAGAAUACUUUUGUUAUUGUGCGAGAUAUAUCCAAUAUACCUGGUGAGAGCCCUCAUCCUAAAACAACAUGUCGUACAGUACCUGAUCAGAGGCGUUUCUCAUCUGUUCCUCAACACUCGAUGUCCAUUGUCCAGUGUUUGAAGCAUAUUGUGCAACAUGAGGGUCCCAUGGCUUUAUUCAAAGAUAAUGUAAAAACAAGGAAUUUAGUUUUUCUAUUAAUAACGCAUUUGCUUAUGGAGGAAUGAAGUAUGAAUUCGUUUUCUAAAGGUUUGGGUCCGAACCUGGUGGGCGUGGCUCCGUCGCGCGCCAUAUACUUCUGCACCUAUUCGCAAGCGAAGCAGUUCUGGAACGGCUUGCUGCCUCCAGACUCACCCGUGGUGCACAUGUGCUCAGCAACCUGUGCAGGUUUUGCCGCAAGCACUCUCACCAACCCCAUUUGGUUCGUCAAGACGCGGUUGCAGCUGGACAUGAACAAGGAUAGCGGUGUGACGGCAAUGCAAGUCGUUAGAAGGAUAUACGUAGAAAAGGGUAUCUUAGGAUUCUACAAGGGAAUAACCGCCUCUUAUAUGGGAAUAUCAGAGACGAUAAUCCACUUUGUGAUAUACGAAGCCAUUAAAGCAGAGUUAGUAUCUCAUAGAGCUGAAUUAACGGAUGAGAAGAGUUCAAAGGACUUCCUAGAGUUUAUGGUAGCAGGAGCUUGUUCAAAAACUAUAGCGUCGUGCAUAGCAUAUCCACACGAAGUAGCAAGGACGCGUUUACGCGAAGAAGGUAGCAAGUAUACGGGGUUUUGGCAAACGUUAGGAUUGGUCUGCAAGGAAGAAGGAAUUAAGGGGUAAUUUGGAUAUGGAAUAAAGCAAUACUAUAAUAAUACAGUCACUAGCAAGAUACAGAACUGGAUAUGACUGGCAAACUAGAGAUACAAUGGUCUCCUAUAGAAAACAAGUUUAUAACAUGGGGUGCUGGAAUCUGUCUGUAUGAAGUCUAUUCUACUCUACCAGAAUCUGUUCCUAGUUCCAAUGUUUUCAAGAUCUCAGAAUCCCGUUAUGCAGAACUUAAAACAACCAAUGGUAACUUCAAUUACACAAGGAGUAUAGAUAUUUAUCCAAAAUGUGAAGUGGACCUACUGCUGGCAAUAGGUUUAACAAAUGGCAGAGUAUCAUUAGCAACUUUCAAUCCCUCUCCUGAGCAUGACAUUAAGGGCUAUGUUGGAAAAGAGUUGGUGCCUCGUCAUGGAAGAUGUUGCAAUGACGUCCUUUUCAAUCCUGUGGAGGGCAAUCUGCUAGCUGUAGGCCUAGAUAAAUACAGAGCGGAUGGCUCAGUGCUCAUCUGGGACAUCAAUAGACUGUCAUCUACAUUGGGAAAUGACAGUUUACCCAUGAGGCAGUCUGGUACUGCUCCAGGGAAUCUUAGCCUGUCUGUUUCAGCUGCGGCUGCAGCAGCAGCCACAGCUACUGCAGCUGUAGAGGUAGCAAAACCAACACACGAAUUUGGUACAUCAGAGACUGCACACAGUUUGGCAUGGUUUAGAGGCUCUCCAAGAGUAAUGGCUGCUGGUAUGAACGGCAAGCAAAUUAAGGUCUAUGAUCUUAGAGAUCCCAAUAAAAUGAUCAACUCAACGUUUACAAAAGGAGUGUAUGGAGUAUGCACUAAUCCAAAUAAUGACAGAUAUUUAGCUUCAUUUUAUGAUACCCAAAUCUGUCUUUGGGAUAUACGAAACUUCGAGAAACCAAUAUGCCUAUUACCGCCAGGAAAAGGAGUUGUACAGAUCGCGUGGUGCCCAACAAAACAAAGUGCCUUGGCUUCACUGCAAAAAGACAGUUCUGUUCUUGACAUUUUUGAUAUCCAACAUACAUCGUCAUCUGAAGAAGCAGAGCCAACAGUUUUGGAAAGAGUUAUAAAUCCUGGUUCGCCACAUAACAUUACGUCAUUCUCAUGGCAUCCAAUUGAUUACAAUAGGUUACUCACAAUAGCUUUGUCAGGUACAAUUAAAGACUACAGGGUAAUUGACAGAACAUCAAUAAACUGGUCAGCAAGGUCACAAAUUGUAUGGUCACAUGGUCCAAAGUUUCUGAAGUAUAUCGACGAUUCCUUUUUUGAAGACCUGUCAAAUCAAUUUAAGAAAAGAGCGAUGCAAAGAUAUGGUCUUCAGGAAAAUCUCCAGAAGAACUCCGAUUUAGUAAAGGACAAUAUGACGUUAGCAAAUGUCUGGAAUUGGCUGCAUCUUACCGAAAAGUUGUCACAAGAUGGUGUUUUGAGGGAUUCUCAUUAUAAACAUCCUGGUAUUGCUUAUAUUCUUUCCAAAAUUGACCCUGAAGAUAACAAAUCUGAGGAAGUUAUUAUUCCUUGGAGUGAUUUAGGUUACCCAAAUUGCCAAGGUUCUGCGAGGUAUUAUAGACAUGAUGAUAGGGAUAAGGCACUACAGUUAUGCAGUUGGCCUGUAGAUCGUAAUUCUCCAGUGUUGCUGGAUUUUUUGAACUUACUGGAGAAAUCAGGAGCAUACACGAGAGCGGCUGCUGUGGCGAUAUUUAAUUUGAAGCUACCCUUAGCUAUUGACAUACUGACAAGGGCUCCUGAUAAUUCUGAAUAUGGCUCGAGUUUAAAUGUGGUUGCUAUGGCUCUUUCAGGAUUUUCGGAUGACCCUAAUAGUGUAUGGAGGCAAAACAGUAUUGCGUGCAUACCUAGGGUGAAAGAUCCGUAUUUGAAGGCCAUGUUUUGUUUUUUGACGGCAGAAAAUUAUGACUAUAGUAACGUUUUGAAUGAAAAAGAAGUGGCUGUGGACGACAGAGUAGCUUUAGCGUGUUUAUAUUUACCAGAUAACCAAUUAAAAGAGUAUAUGCAAACUUUGCUGGAAGAGUUGUGUAAAGAUGGAAACCUUGAUGGGCUACUAGUUACAGGGAAUAGUUCAGAUGGGUUGAAACUUCUCCAGAGGUAUUUGAAUAAUACUGCCGAUAUUCAAUCAACGGCUCUCAUAGCUAUGCGAGCAUUUCAUGCACAUUUAGAUUCGGAAAUGGUCAAACAUUGGUUUGCAAACUACAGGGAACUGUUAAACCACUGGAGGUUAUAUAGUGAAAGGGCAGACUUUGACAUAAUGUUAGCCAGUUUCAGACCAGACAAAAAACCACAACCUCAAGUUCAUGUCGCAUGUAAUUUUUGCGGGAAAAGUAUUUCGGCUUAUAUACAUGAAAAUAUGGAGCUUAAAGCACAAACAAAAUCCGGAAUAACGAUCAAGUUAACUGCUUGUCCUUAUUGUCGCAAACCUCUCCCAAGAUGUGCAAUAUGCUUGAUGCAUAUGGGAACGACAAUUCCAGAAUCGGAGCUAACCAAGUUUAACGAUUUCGACAAUUGGUUCACGUGGUGCCAGACUUGUAGACAUGGGGGACAUGCUGGGCAUCUCUCCAAGUGGUUUGAGGAACAUCAAGAAUGUCCAGUAUCAGACUGCACAUGUCGAUGUGAUUCAAUAGAUGCUAGUGUUGUAUAGGUGAUGCUUUCAUAUAAUCAUGUACAUAAUUCAGUUGAUCAUUAUUUAUGUAAAAUAGAAACGACGCAAACAAUAAAUUUUUUAUAAAAUCGAAAAUGUCUACCAGUCAUUCUCCACCUCAUCAGCUAUGGCAUGUAGAAAUGAAACUGUUUUUCGGAGAAACAAUUCAGCUACUGUACAGCUGAGUUCGAUAAAGACACCCAGAAUAAAUUUGGAUUCACACGUUUAUAUUUUUGAAGACUGAAAUCACCUUUUUAAACUCAUUUGAACUUGAAAAUGUACGCGAGUGUAAUGGCAGAAAUACACGAUGACACAACCAUACUCGGUAAUACAGA